AUGGCUCAAGCAAAUCAAGUGAACCUCGAUAUAGAGGAUGAACCGGCAGAAGAAAACAGUAAUCGUAAUAAUGCAAUACAUAGGAUGGAUUCAGUUUCCAGACCAUUGGCUCCAAAUAGAAGCAAUAUAGGCCUUGGAGAUCGUCUGAACAGUGUCUUUAGAGAAAUUAGGCCUCUCGUGGAACAUGCAAGAAUGGGAAAUAAUGCCCGACUAUCCCUCCCAACGUGGCUUCCAAGAAAUCCACCUGGCACACACCAAGCCGGAGAGGGUCCACAACGUCCACAAAGUUCUAUAGCUCAUGUAAAUUUAGGACCUACUUCCCAAACAUACAUAGUUAAUGAUAGGGGUACAGCUAUAACACAAAGAAGUACAAGUCAAGGCAUGAGUAAUAGUGCAUCAAAUGAUUCAAAUUUAUCAGAACAAGCCGAAGAACAGGCGGAAAUAAAUAUUUCGGUGAAUCCAUCAAAUAAUAAUAAUAUUCAUGAUAAUGCAGAUAAUGAUAGCCAGAGUGAGGAUGGAACUCAGCAGGUAGUAGAUGUAAGGGCAACUUUAAAUCUGCUGCUCCGCUAUGCUCCUUUCUACUUCAUACUGUUUGUAAAGUAUUUAUACGACAGUCGGGAAGGUAUUAUUACUUUCAUCAUAUUACUAUGCACAUUCCAUCACAGUGACAGCAUUGUUACAAGAGAAAAUGGCAAACAAAUGAACCGAAGCUUGGUAUCAUUAUUUAGUGAACUCACAUUUACAACCAGUUGCAUUUUAAUAGUACACUUCUUAUUUGGGCAUGGAAAGUUAUUACCUAAUGUGGUAAUGUUCCCGAGCUACACAGAUCCCAUAAGUGUAUGGGAGUUGCUGUGGCUGGUUGUGUUGACGGACCUCAUAGUGAGAAUAAUCACUGUGAAUCUCAAGAUAUUGAUUACAAUGAUGCCAGCUUUCAUUUUGCCAUUCCAGAAAAGGGGUAAAGUAUAUUUAUUCACAGAAGCAAUGUCGCAGCUGUAUCGCAGCCUGCUAACGGUACAGCCUUGGGUUUUCUAUUUAUUGGAGUCGUACGAGGGCUCAGAGAAAAUGGUUGGCAUGUUCCUUACAUGUAUAUAUGGAAUUUCAAAGCUUUUUGAACUUCUAUUUAGAUUGAGAUUGCUUAAGCAUGCUGUUUGGACGCUUUUGCAGAGUGUGAAUCUAGGCACCAAGCCGACCUGCGAACAACUGGUGUCCGCCGGUGACUCCUGUCCCAUAUGUCACGACGACUACACAACCCCAGUGCGUCUUGGCUGUAGCCACAUAUUCUGUGAACUCUGCAUAGCCGCUUGGCUGGAUAGAGAACACACUUGUCCACUAUGCCGUGCCAAGGUCGCAGACGAACCAACUUGGCGGGACGGAUCCACUACGUAUGACUUUCAACUUUAU